GCCCCGGUCCGCAGCCUCGGAAGUCAGGGAAGUCCGGCCGCGCCGGCCCGUGGCUCCUAGCCGCCCUCCCCGGGAGGAGAGAAGCCACCGCUCCUGCCGGGGUGGGAAGCAGGCGCUGCCCCGCCAUGCUCUGCGGACUGGCCCGGGCCGCGGCCCUGAGAUUCAGGGCGCCCUGCGCACGAUGGUCUGGGAGCCGGGCGGGGGUCCCAGCCCACGUGGUGGACCUGCGCAGCGACACGGUGACCAGGCCUGGACCGGCCAUGAGGCGCGCCAUGGCCGAGGCGGUCGUGGGGGACGACGACUUCGGCGAGGACCCCACCGUCCGCGAGCUGCAGGAAAAGGCUGCCCAGCUGCUCGGGGUGGAGCAGACUCUGUUUGUGCCCACCAAUACCAUGGCCAACCUCAUCUGUGUGAUGGGUCACUGCCGGCGCCGGGGCUCCCAGCUCCUCCUUGGUCAGGAGUGCCACCUCCACGUCUAUGAGCAGGGCGGAGUGGCUCAGAUUGCUGGGGUACACUCUCACUUGCUCCCAGACCUGCCCUAUGGGACCCUGGACCUGGCUGAGCUGGAGAGGGUGAUCACUCGGGGCCUUGGGAGCCCCUAUCACCCGGUGUGUGAGCUUGUGUGCCUAGAGAACACACAUAGCAGCUCAGGAGGCCGGGUCCUCCCUAUGGACUACCUCCGCCAGGUACACCUCCUGGCCCAGUCCCAUGGGGCCCGUGUCCACCUGGACGGAGCCCGACUGAUGAAUGCCGCAGUGGCUCUGCGUGUCCCCCCCGCCCGCAUCGUGGAGCACUGUGACUCUGUGUCUUUCUGUCUCUCCAAGGGCCUGGGUGCACCAGUGGGGGCCCUGGUUGGGGGACCCAAGGACUUCAUCGAAGAAGCCUGGCGCCUCCGUAAAGCCCUGGGUGGGGGCAUGCGCCAAGCUGGGGUGCUAGCCGCAGCCGCCCUGGUGGGACUCGCUGAGGCAGAGGAAGUGCUGCCAAGGGACCAUGAGAACGCCCGGAGAUUUGCCAAAGGACUCCAGGCCCUGGCAUCGCCCAUCUGCUCUGUGGAUCCUGCUGCUGUGGAGACCAACAUGGUGCUGGUGAAGGUGGAGGGGCUGCCCCCUGCGGAGCUGUGCCAGCGCCUGCAGUCCGUGAGCUCCGACGAGGUGGCCCGGACUGGCCGUGCUGUCAGCGUGCUGCUGUUCCCCUGGACAGAGCAGUCUGUGCGUGCCGUGUGGCACCGUGACAUCUCCGCCCAGGACACUGAACUGGCGCUGAGGAAGUGGGAGUUUGUGCUGAGGCAACUGGGGCCCUGAGGGUGGGCCCAGGCCCUGGCUGGGACUGAAGCGGGGAGUGCAGGUGCCCCACGUCUCUGGGCUGGAAGUACAGGCCAGCCCUCUCUGGGGGAAGAGGACCCCUUCCAGAGCCGACAGUCUUGCAUGUGUGACGUCCCACUCAAUCAGAAACAACCAGGCAAGGGAUGGUUGUGACAAGAUGUGACUGAAAAUCAAGAGGAAGAAACAGAUAAAAGAAAUAGACUCUUAUAUGAUCAUGAUAAUGGAGUUGUUAUGCACAGGCUUUAAAAUAAAAUAUUUAAGAAAUUAUAAGACUACAUGGAAAUUCUAAAACUGAGAAAUGUAAUAAAUUAAGAACUCAACCAGGCAUGGUGGUACAUGCCGGUAAUCCCAGCAACUUGGGAGACUGAGGCUGGAGGAUCACAAGUUCAAGGCCAGCCUCAGCAAAUUAGCAAGACCCUGUCUCAAAAAAAUAAAAAGGCCUGGGGAUGUAGCUCAGUGGUUAAGCACCCCUGGGUUCAAUAACUCCUCCCCCCCAAAAAAAUUCAGUGUAUAGGUUUGAUAACAGAUAAGACAUAGCUCAAGAGAGAACCAUGGAAGAGGAAGGGAAAAAAAAAAACACAGGAAAAAAUAUAUCUGCACGAACAGACCCAAAAGUCAUUCU